AGCCAACGAGGAGGAGCAAAAGAGUGGGGUAAGAAUAAGAAUUAAGAAUAUCAAAAAGUAACAGUCCCCGCGUUGGAUACAAAAUUCACAAGACCUCAUGAUGCCACUCCCAUGACAAGGUUCCAAAAGCACAAAAGGCCCUUUCCCCCUUCUGCUCUUCCUCCAUCAAGAAGCCCCCCCUGAGUCAGACCCUUUUGGGAACAGAGCGAGAGAGGGAGACAGAGGCGCUUUGCAUUGUUUUGUGUCAGCAAGAACACACAUUACAAUGUCUAUCUCCGCCUCCUAAUUGUAACAGUAACAUCAGCCUCAGCACACGCUCCUCCUCAACGUACACACCCACAAACGCCAUGCCCAUCCCCUAACUCCCUCACCCGCCCCAAAAACCUCUCUGCUUCCUCCUCCUCCAACAAUGGCAACAACAACGGCUAGUUUUUUGUGCUUCUUGCUUGCGUUGGCCUCUUUCUUGUGCCGUGUUGAGUCCUUGUCGGAGAUCGGAGCCUUAACGGCUUUCAAGCUUAGCCUCCACGACCCUCUCGGCUCCUUGGACGGCUGGGAUCCCUCCACGCCUUCCGCUCCUUGUGACUGGCGUGGCGUCUCGUGUUCCAACAACCGAGUCCGCGAGCUUCGCUUGCCUCGCCUUCAACUAGCUGGCCCGCUCUCGGAUUCCCUCUCCAACUUGCCGCAACUUCGCAAGUUAAGCCUUCAUUCUAACAACUUCAAUGGCUCCAUUCCUCCUUCUCUCUCCCAGUGCUUGCUUCUGCGUUCCGUUUAUCUUCAUAAUAACUCUCUUUCCGGCAAACUCCCCCCGGCUCUUCUCAACCUCACCAACCUUCAAAUCCUCGAUGUUGCUCACAACUCUCUUUCGGGCCGAAUCCUCGGAGAUUUUUCGAACUCUCUUCUGUUCCUUGAUUUGUCAUCGAAUGCAUUUUCCGGUGAUAUUCCGGCGAAUGUUUCGUCAAAAUCUCAGCUACGACUCAUCAACUUGUCCUACAAUCGGUUCUCUGGCAGAAUACCAGGCACUGUUGGAGUUCUGGGACUGCUUGAGUAUCUUUGGCUGGACUCCAACCAGUUGUAUGGGACUUUGCCUUCGGCUCUAGUUAACUGCUCUUCUCUUGUGCACCUAAGCGCCGAAAACAAUGCGCUUUCCGGUUUGAUUCCGUCGACUAUAGGGACGAUGCCGAGACUUCAAGUGCUGUCGUUAUCGUCGAAUCAACUUUCGGGAUCGGUCCCCACUUCUCUGUUUUGCAAUGUCCACUUGGUCAAUUCUUCUUCGCUGAGAAUCGUUCAAUUAGGCUUUAAUACACUCACGGGCAUUCCCGAGCCGCCAAAUGCAAGAUUUGUCAAUGUUUUGGAGAUUUUAGAGCUUGAAGAGAAUCAUAUUCGCACUGCAUUUCCCUCCUGGUUGACAAAUGCGACGUCGUUAACAACUGUUGAUAUUUCCGGAAACUACUUUUCUGGUAUUUUGCCGGUGGAUAUUGGGAAUUUAUUGAGGCUAGAGGAGCUGAGGGUGGCAAACAAUUCAUUAUCUGGUGACAUCCCUCGUGAAAUUGUGAAAUGUGCUUCGUUACAGGUUCUUGAUCUUCAAGGAAACCGAUUCUCCGGCCCCAUUCCUUCAUUUCUUGGCCAACUGAGGAACCUCAAAAUGUUAUCUCUGGGCGAUAACCUGUUUACUGGUUCUAUACCCACGAGUUUGGGAACACUUUCUGAACUCGAGUUGUUGAAUUUGAGCGAUAAUGAACUAAAUGGGGUUAUACCCCAAGAAUUAAUGCGAUUGGGUAACAUGAGUGCUUUGAAUCUCAGUAAUAAUAAAUUUUAUGGCCAACUUUCGUCUGCCAUCGGGGACUUGACAGCUUUGCAGGUUAUGAAUUUGAGUCAUUGUGGGCUUUCAGGACGGAUUCCUGCUAGUGUCGGAGGCUUAAUGAAACUAACAGUGCUUGAUUUAAGUAGGCAAAAUCUUUCAGGUGAUUUGCCAAUCGAGCUUUUCGGAUUACCAAGCCUUCAGGUUGUUGCUCUUCAGGAGAACCACUUAUCUGGAGGUGUUCCAGAGGGUUUCAGCAGUUUAGUUUCUCUACAACAUCUCAAUAUCAGCUCCAAUGUCUUUGCUGGUGAAAUUCCAGCUACUUAUGGAUUUCUUCGGUCGUUACGUGUUUUCUCUGCGUCUCAAAAUCAUAUUUCUGGUAAACUACCAUCAGAGAUUGGUAACUGUUCUCAGCUUGAAGUGCUCGAGCUUCGCUCAAAUCGUUUACAUGGUUACAUUCCUGGUGAUAUCUACCGUCUAAAUAGCUUAAGGUUCCUUGAUUUGGGAGACAACAAGUUAACAGGAGAUAUUCCGGCAGAAUUAUCCGAAUGUUCUGCUUUGACUUCUCUCCUCUUGGAUGCCAAUCAACUAACGGGUCAAAUACCAGAAUCCUUGUCAAGUUUAUCAAACCUGACUGCGUUGAAUCUCUCCUCAAAUCAACUGAGCGGAGAGAUUCAUGGAAGCCUGUCACUCAUACCUGGUCUGAAGUAUUUAAAUCUCUCUAGAAAUAAUCUCGAAGGCGAGAUUCCAGAAAUGCUGGGCUCCCGAUUCAAAGAUCCUUCUAUAUUUGCAAUGAACGGCAGGUUAUGCGGAAAGCCGCUGCAUAGAGAAUGUGCGAAUGUAAGAAGGCGAAAGAGGAAGAGGCUAAUAAUAUUUAUAGGUGUGGCUCUGUGUGGAGUAUGCCUUCUGGGAUUAUGCUGCUGCGGCUAUAUUUAUAGCCUCUUAAGGUGGCGCAAGAAGCUGAGAGAAGGGGUAACAGGAGAGAAGAAGAAGAAGAGCCCUGCUCGUUCGAGUUCAGGAGCAGACAGACGUCGAGGGAGUGGUGAAAAUGGAGGGCCAAAACUAGUAAUGUUCAAUAACAAGAUCACUUAUGGCGAGACACUAGAAGCCACUAGACAAUUUGAUGAGGAGAAUGUGUUGAGCAGAGGAAGAUAUGGCCUUGUGUUCAAGGCCUCGUACCCAGACGGAAUGGUGCUCUCGAUCCGUCGUCUCCCGGAUGGGUCCAUCGAGGAGGGAACAUUCCGUAAAGAAGCAGAAUCAUUAGGAAAGGUGAAGCAUCGGAAUUUAACAGUAUUGCGUGGCUAUUAUGCAGGACCACCAGACGUGAGGCUGCUUGUUUAUGACUACAUGCCCAAUGGAAACCUCGGGACGCUUCUUCAAGAAGCAUCUCAGCAAGAUGGCCAUGUACUGAAUUGGCCGAUGCGUCAUCUCAUCGCACUAGGCAUUGCUCGAGGGCUAGCCUUCCUGCAUUCAGUCUCAAUAGUUCAUGGCGAUGUGAAGCCUCAAAAUGUUCUGUUUGAUGCAGAUUUUGAAGCUCAUUUAUCAGAAUUCGGGCUAGACAGAAUAUCAAUUGCAACCCCAGCAGAAGCGUCGUCAUCGUCCACUCCCAUCGGAUCGUUGGGGUAUGUAUCACCGGAAGCAGCAUUAACAGGGCAAGCGACGAAGGAGGCCGACGUGUACAGCUUUGGGAUAGUACUGUUGGAGAUACUGACGGGGAGGAAGCCGGUGAUGUUCACGCAAGACGAAGACAUUGUGAAAUGGGUGAAAAGGCAAUUGCAAAAAGGACAGAUAUCGGAAUUGCUGGAGCCUGGGUUGCUAGAGCUAGACCCGGAGUCCUCGGAAUGGGAAGAGUUCUUGUUGGGGAUCAAAGUGGCUCUUCUAUGCACAGCACCAGAUCCUCUUGAUCGGCCGUCCAUGACUGACAUUGUUUUCAUGCUCGAAGGUUGCCGGGUCGGACAGGAGAUCCCAUCGUCAGCCGAUCCGACCGCGCUACCUUCCCCUAAUUGAUGAUUUCUACUUCUUUUUUUUUUUUUCCUUUUUUCCGGAAAAAAAAAUGGUGAAAGUAACGGGAUUUUUUCGAGUUAAUCAUGGUAAUCUACUGCGGUUCAUGUAGAGAAUUGUUUUUCGUACUGAAUUUAAGCUCCUUUGUUCGCCCCAGUGACUUUUUAUUCUUGUCGAGUUAAGCUUUGACCCGACGGCGCUGUUCGCUGCUCUGGUCAAAUGGUUAUCCGAAAUUCCGUGCGGGCGAACCUGAAAGGUUGUUCCCGCCAAAUGAAGGAUAUCGAAUGGGGCGGUGCCACGUGUCGAGACAAGAGGGUAGAGGAAAGUAACCGUUAAUAUGAGUCAUCGAUAAAGGGUGAUGGGGCAUCAGAGUCCGUGAAUCUGCCGAAUCAGAAAUGCUAUCUUUCAUAAAAAAAUUUCUGAGAGCAAAAGGACAAAGCACCCAG